CAUUGACUCUAGAUUUUGUUUCUUUUGCUUAUCUCAAAGAAUAAAAAAUUGGCAACCUCUCUUGGACCUCUUUAGGUAUGAAUAGCUGAUUCCCUUUAUAUAUUUAAGAAAUUAUAUUUUUACGGAGGCCAGAAGGCCUCACUGUGUUUUCUUUUCCUACUAAAGCAAGUCUAAAGAAGAAAUCAUAUAAUUAAAGGAAACAUAAUUUCCCAUUUGAAAAUCCUAGCUGUAUUUUUUAAGAGAUUACAUAUUUUUAAAAAAGUUAAUUUUCUUUUGAUGAAAUCUCUAAAUAGUUUAUGGGUUUAUUCUUUUUUAUAGGUAGGGAAAAGCAAGUUUUAAAGAAGAUAAUCUAGUCAGUCUCAUAUUAAGAAUAUGAAAUUCAGACAUAAGUUUUUAGGAUCAAACGUAGUCGACUACCAUCUUUCUCUAGUAUUCAGUUUUUCAUUCAUGGAGCAGGUAUUUCUAUUGAGUGCCUACUGUAUAACAGGCACUGUGCCAGCUCCUAGGGUUCCAAUAAUAAAACACACAACCAAGGGACCUUCUCUUAUGGAGCUUCCAUUCUCUUAGGGCAGAAAGACAUUCUGCAAAUAAGACCAUAUAGAUAAGAGUGCUAUGGUUUGAGUGUGUCCCCCAAAAUUCAUGUGUUACAAACUUAAUCCUGAGUGCAACCAUGUUCAGAGGGGGGGCCUGUAAGAGGUGAUUAGGUCAUGAGGACUUUGCCCUUAUGAAGAGGUCAGUGCCAUUAUCACUGGAGUGAGUUACACCCAGCCUUUCCCUCUCUUUGCUGUGUCAUGGGGUGAUGCAACAAGAAGGCCCUCACCAGAUGCUACCACUUUGGUGUUGACUUCCUAGCCUUUGGUACUGUUAUACCAGUGCAAAACAGACUGAGACCAAGGAUUAUCAGAGAAGGCUUGUUUGAAGAGAAGACAUAACAUCUGUGGCCUGAAAGCUGAGUGGAAGCCAGUCAUUUGAAGCAUAGGGGCUGCAGGUAGAGAUAACAGCAUGUUCAGAGGACGUGAGGCAGAAGGAAGAAUCCCAUUCAAAAAUGAAGUGAAUUAAUGCUCGGGCACUCAGGAACCCUGGAGAGCUACAUGAGGUGUUUAAAAACUUCCUUGACCAUCUUGCCAAACAAGUCUCUGCUCAUGAGGCCCGACAGGAUGAGUGAGCCCAGGCAAGACGGCCUUCUGCCCUGUAGGAACGGUGACUGCUGACCUGCUGAGAGCAAGCUCGGCCUGCCUGCUGUCUGCCAGUACCAUGAAGGAAGUGGUGUAUUGGUCACCCAAGAAGGUGGCAGACUGGCUGCUGGAGAAUGCUAUGCCAGAAUACUGUGAGCCUCUGGAACAUUUCACAGGCCGGGACUUGAUCAACCUGACCCAAGAAGAUUUCAAAAAACCCCCCUUGUGCAGAGUCUCCUCUGACAACGGGCAGCGGCUCCUGGACAUGAUAGAGACCCUGAAAAUGGAACACCACAUGGAAGCACACAAGAACGGCCAUGCCAACGGGCACCUCAGCAUCGGCGUAGACGUCCCCACACCCGACGGCAGCUUCAGCAUCAAGAUGAAACCCAACGGAAUGCCAAACGGAUAUAGGAAGGAGAUGAUAAAGAUCCCCAUGCCAGAGCCAGAGCGCUCCCAGUACCCCAUGGAGUGGGGCAAGACUUUUCUGGCCUUUCUUUACGCACUUUCGUGUUUUGUUCUCACCACAGUGAUGAUCUCGGUCGUCCAUGAACGAGUACCUCCUAAGGAGGUGCAGCCUCCACUACCGGACACGUUUUUUGACCAUUUUAACCGGGUGCAGUGGGCCUUUUCUAUUUGUGAAAUUAACGGCAUGAUCCUUGUAGGACUCUGGUUAAUUCAGUGGCUGCUCUUAAAAUACAAGUCUAUUAUUAGCAGAAGAUUUUUCUGCAUAGUUGGCACGCUGUACCUGUAUCGGUGUAUUACAAUGUAUGUAACUACACUCCCAGUACCUGGUAUGCAUUUCAACUGUUCUCCCAAGCUUUUUGGAGACUGGGAAGCUCAACUGCGGAGAAUAAUGAAGCUCAUUGCUGGAGGCGGCUUGUCCAUCACUGGCUCCCACAACAUGUGUGGGGACUAUCUGUACAGCGGCCACACGGUCAUGCUAACACUCACCUACUUGUUUAUCAAAGAGUAUUCCCCUCGACGGCUCUGGUGGUAUCACUGGAUCUGCUGGCUUCUCAGCGUAGUUGGAAUCUUCUGUAUCCUCUUAGCGCAUGACCACUACACUGUGGACGUGGUGGUGGCAUAUUACAUCACCACGAGACUCUUCUGGUGGUAUCACACUAUGGCCAAUCAGCAAGUGCUAAAGGAAGCUUCCCAGAUGAACCUCCUGGCCAGGGUGUGGUGGUACAGGCCAUUUCAGUACUUUGAAAAGAAUGUCCAAGGAAUCGUACCUCGAUCUUACCAUUGGCCUUUCCCCUGGCCAGUCGUCCACCUCGGUAGGCAAGUCAAAUACAGCCGGCUGGUGAACGACACAUAACAGCUGUACAAAGUGGGGGAAAGACGAAUCGUCCGAAGUGCUAAGAACUCCAUGAGAGAAGAUGCCAUAAAAUAAACACCUCCCUAAUCCUAUUAUCUUUCAAUGGUUACCUUGACUUAACCUAUUGAGUUACCUGGUCAGCACUGUGAUCUUUUUUUCUCUCCAAAGGACCUGAGUUGGACAACAAUAAAGAAAAAUUUAACCUAUCAUGCACUGUACACAUUUCCUGUUCAUAAGUUUGGGAUUUACAUAACCCACAACCACCACGUUCCUUUGUAUAUGAUGCAACAGCAUAAAUGUAAGCUUUUAUAUCAUAAGUUCUGGUCUUUCCAGUCACAUCUGGAAAUAAAGUGUAUUAUUUUCUUGGGAAAACAUACUUUUCAUAUCUCUUGCCCCAAAGAUUGGGCUGUAAGCCAUUUUCUAGCAAAUGUCUCUAUGAAGGUUUCUAAGUACCUGAAUGGGGUUUGAUUCUGAAAUCUUUCUACCUGUUGCACCGAUAUUCAAAUAAAAAUGACAGACACAGAAAGGUUUGGUAACUUUGGGUUUUGUAAAAUCAGCAGAGACAGUGUGUCAAAAAGUGCAAAAAAAAAAAAAAAGAUUCUGUUAUAAAGUGAUUUUCUAAGUAUUUCCUAACUUUAUUUUUCAAAAUGAUGUUAUGAAACCAAAUUUAAAGAUUUUUACAUGUCAGAGAGAAGAGAGUUAAAAUUUAAAAAUGCGUCUUGGGAGAGAAAUUUGUCUAUGUUUCUAGUGCCUUUCUUGUCUUGAUUGUAUGGUCAGUAGGCAAUCUUAAAUGUUUUUAUUUAAAAUAAAGUAUUCCAAGAAAAUAUAAAUGUAUGUAUACACUACUAAAUUUUGCAUUUAUAGCUAAAUUAAAUCAGAAGACUGCUUACAGUUUUAAAGUUGCAGUGAAUUAAAGAAUGAGGAUGUUAAUUGGAGCAUCAGAGCCUGUUCACAUAUUGUGAACAGGAAGCAAUGACAUGUACCACUUAAAUUAUUUUAUUGUCUAUUUGGUAGUUCAAUUUUAACUACUCAAUGAAAACAGCCAUGAAUAUCUUUUUUUAACAGAGAGUUUUGAAAAUGAUCACUUACCUAAAACUUGAAAGCUAUAAAUUAGUUAUCCAUACUCUCAUGACAAUUUUGUUGAUGAACAACAAAAAAGAGAUCUAUUUCUUUAAAAUAUAUUUGUGCAGAAACUGCAUGUAACUCUAAGUUUUACUCCUAACAUAUGUAUGUUUGGGGAAGUAUUCUAUUCUAUACUUGCCAACGUGGAGAACAAAAUAGUUUUUUAAGAAUGAAGAAGUAUAUAUAUCCAUUCUGUAUUUUACGUGCAGCAGAAUUAUCUUCCGUAGGGUUUUUUUGUGUAUUCACAAGGUGAUAUUUGUAUCGUAAAACAAUAAUGGUGAAGGAAAUAAAAAGGCUUUUAAAAUUUUGUUUGUUUUAAAUCUUUGUAAAGUUAUUAUUCCAGAGAAUAUACUGAUAUCUUAUAGCUUACCUAGAUCAUAAAUUAAUCAAAAUGCACUUUUUAAUAAAAACUGAUACUUAAAAUAAA